CCCUCGUAACGUCAUACUAUUGAUGUUUAAAUUCCAAAAUGGCUGCAUGCUUGACUGUUAUUGAGAAAUAUUGGAAAUUACAAGAAUGUUCAGAUUACUGGCUGUUACAAAAAAUUAUUUAUUUCCAGUCGUUACACUUCAUCAUUAUUUAAGCUUAUAACAGUUCAUCUGUAAUCUGAGUAAUCGUCUUCAAGAAGGAAGAUGCAGGAUCGAAAGCAUACUACUACUAUUGAUGAGAAGAUUGAAUCGCAUAAAAAUAAACUCAUGAAAAAACAUUCUUCUCCAAAUGUUACUUCAGAAAGAGACAAGAUAUCUGGUGGAACUGCAGAAAAAAAUAAAUCUCAUAAACACCACACAAAAAGAAAAACACAAAGAAAAAGACAAAGAACGAAAGAAGCAUUCAGUUUCUGGUGGUAAAAAUAACGAUAGGCAUAAAAAGCAUAAAAAACAUAAAUCAGAUAAACACCGAACUAUUGAAACAAAAGAAGUCACAAGUCCAAGUGAAAUGCAAAAAGAAAGCAAUUUUUAUGAGGAAGCUAUACAUCUCCAAAACCAUUGGGAGAACACUCCUGACCUGUUAGAUUUUAACUCAGAACUUCAUAGAGCUCCGACUCCUGGAGGGGAAAUUGAAAGUGAGUUCUGUUUAGCUGAUGACAUGCCGUCACCUAUAGAGGAAGGAUUGCGGAUACCACCUCCUGAUCAAGAACCAUGGGAAUGUUCCAACUUCCAUGGAAUGCUUAAUAAUUGUCAUAAGAGUGGAGAUAAUUUUGAAGGAUUUUCUGUGGACUUUUCACAAGCCUUAAUGCCUCAUGGCAGCCCUGUAAAUGAAUUGAGGAAUAAUUUUGAACUAGAACAUAAAUUAAGCCCAAACAUUUCUAGUGUUGGUUCCUCAAUGGUUCGAAGUGAGAAUUAUUUGAGGAAUAAAUCUGAUGAUGAAUCUGAAAUGUUGAUGAAAAGAAAAAGUGUUGAAAACAUUGCUGAAGACAAUGAGCAUACACAUUUUCAUCCACCAAAAAGAAAAGUAAAGAAGAUUACUAUUAAUGAGUGUGAAGAAGGUAUACUGAAUGUCAAACAUCAAGAGAAAAACAGUUGCUGGAUUAAAUAUAAGUCUGAAGCAGGAAUAGAUGUUUAUCCCCUAAGCAAAGUAACAAACAUUUUUGAGAAAGACUCUAAGGAAGAAAUAGUCAAAACAGAUUAUCAAAAUGAAAUAAGUAUUUGUUUGGAAGAUAAGCUUAUAACAAGUGAAGCCAGUUGCUCCCCCAAAAUAGUCAAAAAGGUAACCACAAGUGACUCUGAAACAGAAGAAUCAGAAAAUAAAGAGCAAAGUAAAGACAACAGGUGUUCUAAAAAUAAGGACAAAUUUGAAACAGAAGACAAUCACUCCUCAAAAAGAAAAAGAAAAAAUGUUUGUAGUGGUAGAUCAGUGGAAGAUAUAUCAGUGGUUGAAGAAAAGAUAGACAAGUCAGGCAAGUGUAAAACAAAAGAUGCUCAUUCUCCAAAACAAAGUUUAAAUGAUCUUGUCACUGUUGUUUCAGAAGAAGAGAAUAACAAACAGAAAAGCUGGAUUAAUGAAAAGCUUGAAAAACAAGAUACUCAUUUCCCAAGUGAAAAAGAAAUGAUUGCAAGUGACACAGAUGAAGAGUUACGAAAGAAUGAAGAACAAGAAAGAAAAAAUUCAAAGACUAGGGAAGAGCUUGAGAUGCCACUGAAAAAUCAUAUGUGGUUUAAGGAGGAGUCUGAAAUAAAUGAUGUCUGUUCAGUUGAGGAAAUAGUUCAACAUGAAAGUAAUCAUGUUGAAGAUGAUAAGUCAGUAAGUGGUCAAUUAGAUGCUAAUGAUGAAAACUGUAUAGACCUGAAAGUGGAAAGGGAAACGGUAAAUACUGAAAAGUUAGUAGAACAGUCAGUUGACCAGGUAGGAUCUGGUCAAGAUGAAAAUAAUUCAGCUGGUAUUGUUAAAGAAUGUGAACUUGAACAAUCCCUAUUACAGGUGGUUGAAGAUUUAAAAGAAGAAAAAAAAGAAUUGAAUAGUUACGCAGAUGAAGUAGUUACCAAAGCUGCUGUACCUACUGACCAAGAAUUUUCACAAGAAAGUAGAAAACCAGUGAAAAGACUAACAAAGUUUAUUAGAAAUGAAGAAUUCUCAACAGACAACAGUUUUCAAAUUGAAAUAGAUAGUAAACCAUGCAUUGGUAAAACUCCAUCAAAAAUGAUAUUGGGGAAAGAGGUUUUAACAGAAACUACCAAUCCAUCAGAAAAACAUAAAAAAGUUAUCAAGAAAAAAGAUUCUCAGAAGAGCUUUCAAAAUAAAGAAAACAAAGAAAAACCCACAUCUUUACUAAAAACUAAAUCCUCAGCUUCAACCCAAAGUACAAAAGAGAAACAAACAUCUCAUCAAACAAAGGUAAAACUAAAAAGGAAAAGAAACAAAGACAAGGCAAAAGAAUUUGUUGAACUUGAAAAGCCCAACUGUGAUAAAUCAGUGCACAAGAAAAUAUUGAACUCUUUGAAAAUUAAGAAAGACUAUGUGAAAAAGCAGAAAAAAGAUGAAAUUAUUAAUUCUUUAGCCCGUAGCAGUGAAAAUGUCAGUGAUGAGGAUGAGGCUUUACCCAAAGCUUCAACUGACAUAAAGGAUACAUUUUCCAGGAAAGAAACUAAAACCAAGUCAAAAACAUCAAACAAGAAGUCUGAAACUCAUAAUAGUAAGAAGGAUGAUAAAAAUAAAAAUUUACUUAAAUCCAAAAAGAAAUCUCCAUCAGAUGUCAUUAAGUCUUAUCACAAAGUUCAAGAUGUAGAGAGUAGUAUACCAAUUAGUAACAUUAAUUUUACAGAUGGCUUGCAUAAAAAAAAGAAAGAUUCUUCAAAAAAUAAUAAAAUUGAACACAUCAUGUCAUCUCCAAAUAAUAUCAGUACUGAGAAAAAAAAUAGCAAAUCUGUUCUGAAAAAUUCUGGGAAAGUCAAAACCAAAGAAAACAAAGCCUCAAAAUUGUAUACAAAAGAAAAAGAAUCAAAAUGCUCAACAACAAAUAUGCUUUCUGCUAAUGAUGUGAAAAAAGAAUUAUAUUUUGGUGCUGCAAAAGCAAAAACUGUACAUUCUGAAGGGAAGGAUACAGUCAUGUCUUUGGAUGUAAGUAAUUCCCUGAAGGGAAUUAGAGAAAUAUCAAAUCUUAAAGAUUCUUCACCCACUAAAGUAAGAAAAGUAGAAAAGGGUCAGAACAGUAAUAUAUUUGUUACAGACUCCUCGGUUGUCGUUACUUCUAAAAUGCCAAAAUUAUGCUCUCGAUGUCAGAGAAAGAUGACAGUUCGCCACAAUGUUGGGAUUCAGUGCAAGAUUGACAGAAACCUUUUAUGCCCCAUAACAUCUAUACAGGAAACUGUGGUGUCACUGAAUAUUCCCCGUUUGCUUCCAUCAACUGACUUUAAGCACCUGAAAUAUGGAAAAUUUAUCAGGAAAGAAGUGUACCCAAAUGGUGGGGCAUCUGUACUUCACUUAUAUUGGAAUGAGAUAGCUCAUUUGAAAAUGAAUGAUUUGAAUGAACUAGCUUUGGAGUUUCUAAAGGAGACAUUUGUUGAAGAUUCCCCUGGUGUGGCUCGGCAUGUCAUUGGGAUAGUUCACAAUGCAGCUUACAACUUACCAGAUUUGUUGGAACUUAUGGCUGACAAAUACCCUAACCUGGUUGUUAAGAUGGGCACAUUAACCAGGACCUCGGAUAUUGAGACAACUACAAUGGCUAAGUGUAGAGAACAAGUUCAUAAGUGCUAUAGUCAAGGUACUUACAGAGCAGGGCCAGUCCAUCAGGUCAGCUUGGUAGGAACAGUGCAUGAAGAAGCUGGUGGAUUUUUUCCUGAAAUCCUGGACAUGCUGGAAAAAUGUCCAUUCUUAAAGUUGACAAUGCCCUGGGGAUUUUUAUCAUCUGUACAAAUGGCUUCACCUCAGGAAAGUAACGAUGGUCCCAUACUGUGGAUACGUCCAGGGGAACAGGUGGUUCCCACUGCUGACAUGCCAAAAUCUCCUUUCAAAAGAAAAAGGAGUGGAUCAAAUGAACUACGCAAUCUUCAGUACCUUCCUCGAGCCUCAGAACCCAGAGAAACUAUGUUUGAAGACCGUACUAAAUGUCACGCUGACCAUGUAGGCCAAGGAAUAGACAGGCUAACAACAGCUGCUGUAGGUGUCCUGAAGGCGGUUCACUGUGGAGAAGGAUACACCUCAAAUAGGGUCACUAAGGAUGUGGUUGCCUUUCAUGCUGGGGACUUUAAAGAAUUAGUUUCAAAACUACAGCUUGACUUGUAUGAACCUCCCAUGUCCCAGUGUGUACAGUGGGUAGAAGAUGCCAAACUUAACCAACUCCAUCGUGAAGGAAUUCGCUAUGCUCGUAUCCAUUUGUGUGACAAUGAUAUUUAUUUCCUCCCAAGAAAUAUCAUCCACCAGUUCCGUACUGUAACAGCUGUAACAAGCGUGGCUUGGCAUGUGAGACUGAAGCAGUAUUAUCAAACUAAUGAAAACCAUGUAAAACAGUCCAAUGAUCCGUCCCCUCACUCAAAGACUGCCAAACCUGAAAGUAAUAGUUCUUCCAGGAAACCAAAAUGUGAAGGUUCUGAAUCUCCAACAUUGAAAAAAGUGUCUAGUAACAUACCAAAAAAAAGAAGUCUGGAUGAUGUCAGACAGAAAGAAGAACCUUUGAAGAAGAAGAAGAAAGAAGAAAAAGUGAAGGAAGAGAAAAGCCAAAUUUCUUCAAAGACACUACACAUAGAUGACCACAAGAAAGCAAAGGUGAAAGAAGGCAACAGAACAAGAUGUGAUCUAUUGAACAGCAAGGGGCAGUGUGACAAGUCACCACUUUCAGCUAUAAAGGAAGAACCAUUUUCAGUAGCUGAAAACCGCAGUAUUGAAGACAAGUUAAUCUCUGAAGUGACAGCUGUUACAGAGAUUUCAAGUAACAAAGAUUAUACAGAAAUAAAUGUCAAGGAGACCCUUGAUACCAUCUGUAAACAAGAGACAAUUAGCCUGACUGAUGGAGAGGAAAAUGAACAAAACUUAAGAACUUUUGAUUGGAAAGAGAGAAGUGAUGAGGAGAAUAAAGACAUAAUACACACCACAGAAUGGAAGGAAAGUAGUUAUCCAAAGAAAUUGGAAGAAAUGAACAAUAUUUUAAAUGUAUCACAUUGCCGUGAAAGUAUAACAACAUCAUACGAAUCACCCAGGGAAGUGCUACCUGAUGAUGAUAAAUGUAAUGAUUCAUUAGAUACCAACAAGAAAAAGGGGGUUUUAUAUGAGCAAAAACAUGAUUGUCCCCUUGAUGAAUUUCACGAGAACUUUGUUUCUGGUGAACCGUCCUGCCACAACCUAACAACUGACAGCCAAGAAAGCAAACACAAUGCUGUUGGUUUCUCCAGAGAGACUCAAAACAGUUUGGUAUCUGAUAUAUGGACAUCAAGUGUUGAUCAUUUGGAUGAAGCUUCAUCACAUCAGGUUUCAUUUACGAAAAAUACCAAAGUUCCUGUAUUUGAGCAAAAUAGUAGGCACUUAUCCCCAAAGACAACAGAAAAAUCCUUCCUCAGUGAGCAGACUUUGACACAGUUUCCUAAGAAAGUCAAUAUGAGCUGCAUGACUGGUGGUAUGGAUUGGGAAAGCCCUGGUGAAAAUCCUCAAAACUUUGUCUUGAAUAGCAACAACUUGCAGACUCUGAAUGAAGCAAGUAUUGAAGAUACAACAACAGAAAAAUUGCCAGAGGAUUCACUCAAAACUCAUAUUCCAGCUGCUAAUCAAGAAACUAUUUCAAAAGACAUUUCUCAGCUACAAGGUUCUCUUAGGGUUUCAAAUCUAAUGAAAGGAAAUUCAGAAUCAGAUAUUUCUGAUAACAGGCCUGGUUCUAAGGAUCACUCUGAAGAGCCUUUGUGGGUCACAACAACAGAACCCGAUGUGUGGAAGUGUGAGGACCUUUCAGAAAAUGUGCUAAACCAAUGCAAAACAGAUACUUCAAAACAUGAACAACAUUCUACGUACAGUUCAUUUGACAUACAGACAGAAUCCCAGGAAAAAAGUUUUAACCUAGAAAGUUGUAUAUUUAAUAAAGAAGAAAACUUUACAAGAGAAAAGAACAAUAAAAAUAAGAAAAAUGGAAAGCUUGAACCUUCACAAUACACUGAAACACUGAAAGGGAGGCCUGACUUCAAAGAAAGCAAAGUAUCUGACUUCCAAACUGAAGCUGAUGAGGGGUUAAAAAUUAAUGAACAGUUUGAUAGGGAAAAGACUGAAAAAGUAUGUAACACUUCUUUAUCCAAAGAAAAUAUUUAUGAAAUCAUCAUUUCCAAAGAAAAUUCUCUUGAGGGGUCUCAGUGCAAAGAAAAAUGUCAAGACAGGUCUCAGUCUAGAAGUAAAAUUUCUCACAAAACUACACAAUCCAAAGAAAAAUCUUGUGAUGAGUUUCGGCCGAAAGAAGAUCCUAGUUUACAACCCAAGUUGGCAGAAACCUUUCAUGAAGAAUCACAAUCUAUAGAGAGUUCUCAUGAUAGAUGUGAACUUCAAGGGAAACCUAUUGUUGAAAAAUCUGGUUCCAAAAAAAAUUACCAACACAAAGAAAAGUAUUUUAGUAAUCCUUUGUCUAGAGAGAAAAGUCCUCACCAGUCUUUGGCAAAAGAAAAUUCUUGUGAAAUUUCUCAGUUAAAAAGUAAAAACUGUGAAAGAUUGCAUUACAAAGAAGAAACCCAUAAUUAUUUUCAUUCUACAGAAACUAGUAGAAAAUAUGAGGAUAAAGCUUGUAGUAGUUCACAGCCUAAAGAAAUGACAAAUUUUCUUAAGUCUCAUCCUAUAGCAGAAAAAUCCCAUAGGACUCAAUCAAAGGAAAAAGCUUGUGACGUGUCCCCAUUUAAGGAAAAAGUUCAUGACAAGUCUCAGAGUAAGGAAAAGACUUAUAGUAAAUCUCAUUUCAAAGACAAAUCUGAUAAAUAUCGAUAUAGGGAAAAGUCACGUGAGAGAGCUCACAGUAAAUCCAAAGAAAAGGAAUCGGAAAUUACCACAUCCAACGAGAAAAGACUAAAUAAACCUAGUGAAAGAAAAUAUGAAAGAUCCAAAUCAGUAAAGAAGAAUCAAGAAAAAGGAGAUAUUAGAGGUCAUCAUCAUCAUGCAAGCAAUGAAUUAGAAAAAUCCUCCAAUAUGGAUAUUCCUGUAAUCUUAAAACAAAGUUUUCAGGAAAAUACUGCUGUUGAGAGUGAUGAAAAUGGUAAUUUACAUUCAGAAGACAUCAAGGUGAAUUUUCAUGAAAAAUCUGAGACAAAAACCAGUGAGACAUUAAGACCACAGUCAGGGACCUCACAAGUUAGAUCUCAGACCACAACCACGACAUCCAACCUUGAUAGACUUAGUCAGUAUACAGGUCCCUGCAUAACAGAGUUUGAGAAACCUGCUAGCUGAUUUACUGAUCAUACACAUGCCUGUUAUUGUGCUGCCUUAUAUUACAUAGAAAGGGUUUCAUUAAAGCCAGUAUAUCUGACUUGUAUCCCUUGAAAAGAAACCAUGCAACUGAUAAAGUAUUUGGGGCCAAACUGACUGGUGGUGAGUCCAUCCUUCUAAAAAAAAAAAGUUGGCCACACACUCUUUAAUAACUUGAAAGGUGUGAAAGCUUUGUUUUAAAGUAUAAGACGAAACCAUUUCAUGUUGGCAGACUUUGUACCCAACCUCAAUAUGUGCAUACACUGUGUUUGUAAUGAAGUGAAAUAAUUUAUUUUCUUAGAAUAUUAGACCAGUCACAGUCCUUUAAUACUUGUUCAUAGCUUGUCUUGAUUGAAGAACAUAACUUUUGUGUUGCAUGUUGUAUAAUGGAAACGUUUUAUGCAUCUGGAUCUCUUCCUCGGAUUUUGAAACAUAAUUUUUUGCACAUCAGAAAUUAUUGGAUUUAAUUUUACUUAUCUUGGCUUUUAGUUCCCAUCCUUAGUACUAGAAUGUUGUUUGUUUAAAUAGUAGCCAUUUCUUUAGUUACAUUGUAGUUCAUUAUGUGAUUAUUUUGAGAUUUAAUGAUAACCCAGUAACAAUUUUAAUGAUUGCUUACUUUGAAGUUUCACACACCAUUUUCUGUAACGUGUGGACUCAGUUUAUUUAAGGUCUUUGAUUAAAUGAUGGUGGUAAGAGGUGUAAAUUAAGUAUGAGAAAUACUUUAUCUCCUGAAACGACGUAUCUGUUAUAUUCUAAUAUAUUUUAUUCAAAAAAAAAGUACAAUGUUCCACUAAGAAGCAUAAUUCCCAGAAUCCUCAGAAAAAAUUACAAAGAAAGAGAAGAAAGCUGGGUGUUGUUUGAAAUUUAUUUGUUAAAUUAAGAGUAAAAAAACCCAUGAGAGGCUGCUUCUGCUGGGAAACUUAUAAGUACUAGUAAUCUCAUAACAGUUUACUGGUGUACUGAAAUUCUGCAUAAAAAUGUAACAUGAAUCAGUGUCCUAAAUAAUGUGUAGUCACCUAAAGAAUACUUUCUUUAACCUAAGUUGUACCUAGUGUAUGUAUUAAAGUACAUAGAAUUUUACAGAACCACUGGGGUCAUGAAAUGAAUAAAUGGAUCUUUAUCAAUGAAUUCUGAAAUGUUUGUAUAAAAUUGUUAGAUUUUAUAGGUGAGUGUAAAGCUGCCUUAAUUGACUUUUUUUUUCAGUAGUUAAGCUAAAAUGAAAGGCAAGUUAACAAUUACUGUUGUUGCCUUUUUAAUCUUUUUAGUUGGAACUUUUAAAAGAUGGCUUACAUUGGUCUGAUACUCCGUCUGUUCUUUCUUUCUUUCUUUCUUUUUUUGGAAUAAAUGGACUACACAUUGUAAUCAUCACAUUUUGUCCCAAAAAAUAAAAUUCCACAUUAACAACAAAAGAUCACAAAUUCUCUGUUUUUCUCCUUUAAAAGAAGUAACAUUUUUAUAAUUUCUUCAAUAUUUUUUAUAUCCAAUCAUAUGAAAAAAAAUCAAAGUUUAUUAAUGCAUUAUUCACUGAAGUACAGCCUCAGCAAUCCAGCAUAAUUGUUUUGGCUCAAACUCUGACAUGGAACACAGAUUCAGUUUGAUGAAACUCCAGCUUCUAUUACUGAAUUUACAGGAACUUGCCACCUCUGCAUAACUUUGUGGCUAAACAGUUCUUUGGUGA